CGCCGGACAUUAGCGAAUCAUCAACUUCCGGUGUCACGGGGUACCUGGGAGACGGAGCAAAAAGCGGGCAUACCGAAUUUCCAGCCACUGGUUUUUUAACUCGCCUUCCACCAUCGGAAACCCUUUAUAUUUGGCAUAUAAAGGCGUACGGCUGCAUAUUACCGCCCAGUGACCCUCUGGAUUUGGAUUUGACUCGGAAACAAGUCCCAUUCAUUUGGCUUACUCCGCUAGCUAGCCAGCGCACGGGCUUCCACACGGCUGUCUCGAGCAGGCCCAUUCUUCCGGACUGUGCUACAAGCUAGUUAGCCAACAUUAGCAGGCUAGCUCACGCGGACACGUUUUCUUUAUCAGUGUUGUUGUAUGUUGCAUUAUAAAUAAAACACCACGUCGGGGCUCUAUCAAGGUCACUGCUAAGUGCGCGUUUUGGUCGCGAGUAUUUGUUGAUUUUGUGUCAGUAACCAGCCAGCUAAUUGUUAAAACUACGUUACCAGAAACACUUAGUUUGAAAAGUGUUGCCCACUUUGUCGCUAGCUUGCUAGCUAGCUAGCCACCUCAACAGCACAGUCGCACCAAGCGCGCUAGUCUGCAAGUCACAGAGAUGUCGGACUUCGACGAAUUUGAGAGACAGCUGUCUGAGAACAAACAAGCGGAACGGGACAAGGAGAAUCGCCACCACCGACGCUCACCCUCUCGCAGCCGUAGCAGAGAGAGGAAGAGGAGGAGCAGAGACAGGGACAGACGCAGCAGGGACCGCCGUGGGGACAGUAAGGAGCGCAGACAGAGACGCAGCAGCCGUUCCCCUCACCGUGAAAAGAAAAAGAACAAGGUGAAGAAGUACUGGGAUGUCCCUCCCCCUGGGUUCGAACACAUCACUCCCAUGCAGUACAAAGCCAUGCAAGCUGCAGGCCAGAUCCCAGCCACGGCCCUCCUGCCAACCAUGACCCCAGAUGGCCUGGCUGUUACCCCCACCCCUGUGCCCGUAGUGGGCAGCCAGAUGACCAGGCAGGCCCGCCGACUCUAUGUGGGCAACAUCCCCUUUGGUAUCACAGAGGAAUCCAUGAUGGACUUCUUCAAUGCCCAGAUGCGUUUGGGUGGUCUUACUCAGGCCCCUGGGAACCCUGUCCUUGCAGUGCAGAUCAACCAGGAUAAGAACUUUGCCUUCCUUGAGUUCCGCUCAGUGGAUGAAACAACCCAGGCCAUGGCUUUUGAUGGCAUCAUCUUCCAGGGACAGAGUCUCAAGAUCCGACGGCCCCACGACUACCAGCCUCUCCCCGGCAUGAGUGAAAAUCCCAGUGUAUACGUGCCUGGAUCUGUUUGUCGACCCUAUCAAGAUGAAACCAAGCUGUUGAUGUCUGGUGUGGUGUCCACAGUGGUGCCUGAUUCGGCACACAAGCUCUUCAUUGGUGGAUUACCCAACUACCUGAACGAUGACCAGGUGAAGGAGCUGCUGACGUCAUUUGGCCCUCUGAAAGCCUUUAACCUGGUCAAAGACAGCGCCACAGGACUCUCCAAAGGAUAUGCUUUCUGUGAAUAUGUGGAUGUUAACCUUAAUGACCAGGCUAUCGCAGGGUUGAACGGCAUGCAGCUGGGAGACAAGAAGCUCCUGGUGCAGAGGGCCAGCGUGGGAUCCAAGAACGCCACUCUGACAAGUAUAAACCAGACACCUGUGACGCUGCAGGUGCCAGGUCUAAUGAACAGCUCAGUUACCCAGAUGGGUGGCCUGCCCACUGAGGUGCUGUGUUUGAUGAACAUGGUGGCCCCUGAGGAGCUGCUGGAUGAUGAAGAAUAUGAGGAGAUUGUGGAGGAUGUCAGGGACGAGUGCAGCAAGUAUGGCCAGGUCAAGAGUAUUGAAAUACCUCGACCUGUGGAUGGCCUGGAGGUGCCAGGGACUGGCAAGAUCUUUGUGGAGUUCAUGUCGGUGUUCGACUCCCAGAAGGCCAUGCAGGGGCUGACAGGAAGGAAGUUUGCCAACAGAGUGGUGGUGACCAAAUACUGCGAUCCAGAUGCAUAUCACCGCCGGGACUUCUGGUAGAAGAGACCUGAAGAGAAGAGGAGAAUGGGGGGGAGGGAGGGUGGGAGGGAGACAUGCACUGCCCAUUUCCAAACCAACGUCCUUGGUCACAUGGCAGCGCAAGCAUUUCAUAUAGAUCUGGGAGUAUUUACAAUUCGGAGAGUGGCUUUGGUUGUAUCCGUUUAUGAUUUGAGAUCUAUAUGAAAUGACUAGCAGUUAAAACAGAUUGAGAGAGGGAGAAAGAUGGCGAGGGUUUGUAUUCUGUCAAAAACAAAGAGGGCUGGUUUGGGUGGUGUGGGUGGGGUGUGGGUUGAAGAUUUUUCAGAAGUGUGUGUAGUAACGGGCGGGGUGGGGUGGGGGUCAACGAUUUUUAUACUUUGUGAGAAAGGGAUGUCAUUGUGGGUGGGAGGGGGGUGCCACACUUAAAUGGUUUGUAUUUAAACGGAGGUAGCCUGUUUUAAGUACAUUAGGAAGGACUUGCGGUAGGGAACUAACUGGACUAUUCUGUUCUUGAAGAAUGAUGGAAAAAACAGGAGCGUUCAUUUGUCAUAGGGAGAUGUGGGGGAGAUGGAGAGGAAGAUGAGGGCAUUUCAUUUGACCAUCUAAUGUAGAUAUAGCUGUAUCGUCCACUUCGGUUUUGCCAUCUUCAGUAGGAAGAGGAGAGGAGACAGCCUCGUUUUGUGAGUUAAGAUUGCUUUUUCCAUGUGUGAACUUGAUCAUUUUCUCAAGUCCCUUCAUUUUUGUCAGACUACUGCCCCCCUCAGGAUGAUUGUUAGAGAAACUGUUUUCAUAUUGGACUUAAUUUGAAUGUCAGCAGUUGUUGUUCUAAUACUGUGUGUAGCUUCACUGAUUUGAGCUGUAAUAUCACCCUUGUAUUCAGGCAGCAGAAUCACAGGAUGAACUACAAAAAGUACAUUUUCAGUUAUGCCAAUUUGUGUUUGGUUGAAAUAUUUUUACUUUUUUUUUUUUUUUUGGUGUUAAAAUCUUCACGUCCAUCUUCUGUGUACCACUUUUAGCAGGUGAGAUAAUUUUCUCUCAGCAGUUUAGUCCUGAAUAAUUUCAGAGGAAAUAAAUUAUAGAAGAGUAGGUGAGUCCUUUUGAAGUUUGCAGGUGUGAAUCUUAGGAGGCAAACAGAUUGAUAUUUAAUAGGGAUUUAUCUGUUCCUUACCAAAAAGCCUUAAUGUUAUUUUUUUGGUGUCUGAGUCAGUUAGUAAAGAAAACAAAUUAGGCUUACCCCUCUACCAGUCUUUGAUGUUCAUACAUGUCACUGUCUUUACCUGAUAGCAUUGCAUUUACACUUUUAAUUUUUCCGUAUUUCCCAACAAAUUUGGGAUGUAAUAUAAAAAUGUGUUGGACCCAGUUGUUUUUCUGUACAACAUCUCACCUCUUUUCACAAGACCAAAUAAACACAUGACUAAUACCAACGACUCAUGUUGUACUGCUGACUGCUGAAGAGCAGUAUACUACAGAGGGGAACCAAAACGUCACAACUUUUCACUAUUCUCUUUCACUCCCGGCCAGACUUUAAAUUGAUUAUGAUUAUAAUUAUGAUUGAUGGUUUAUCCCUAAAACCUGACAACCUGGCACUGAGAUAGGCUCAUUUGGACACCAUAAAGGUUAAAUAAAAGAAUUCCCAUCAUGCAGUCGCAAUCUAAUGUGAAGGUCAUGUGCAUUCAAAUAAUUUUUGUAUUUUUAUUACUGUUAGUCUCCCAUGCUGUUAUUGAAUUUAGCAAUAGGAUGAGAAAGUUCACUAAUUCUAAGAAAGAGAGUUGGAGUGUCCAUGCUAAAAACUGUUUGCCUACAUGUACUUCCCACUAAACCUGCGUUCCUCUCAUCUCCUUCAUCUUCUGCCCUUGUUUCUCUGAGGACCACCAGGUCUUGCUGUCCGGGCUUGACAACUAUGCUUUCAUUUGAUACUUUGGUUUGCUUACAACAGAGCUGAAGAGAAAAUGACUGUGUCAAUGAUAAUACUUUUGAAAUGUUACUCCUUUAUGAAAUUCGCUUUUUCAAUGUCACUGUGUCAUUUAAUUUCUUUUUUUCCUCUGAAAAAAUGUGAUUUCUUAAACGAAUUAAAAGCUAAAACCACAUCUAGUUUAUAUUAGCUGAAACAAUCUUUCAUUUGUCCAAUUUGUUUUCAAAAGUUGAUUAAAAACUGAAUUUACAUGA